AUGCCUGGCAUCGUCAUGGAUGACCCAAGCGUUCAUGGAGUAUGGCGCACCGUAGGGACGGUGAACGGAGAUAACGCGGCUUCAGAUAAUGGCGCCUUUCAAAAUACAGAUAUCAACUCCCACGCAAAUGGCCAAGCGAAUGGCAUCAAAUCUCAAUCAAACGAUAUAAUUACGGCUCCGGAGCUGCCUCCUCCGGAAAUAACCCAUAUCACUCAAGGGUUCUUUCCUCUUGCCAAGGGUAUCAACAGGGUGGUUGUUCAGUGUUGGAACGAUCUACUUCACCUUCUUAGCGAGCUUGGGGAUGCUCCUCCCAACCAUCAAGGCGGCAGUAGCUCAUCCAAUGCUUCAAGUGCCAAGAAGAGCCAGAUCCUCGAGUUUGCCCAGGCAAAGAGAGCCGAAUUCAUCAAACUACUUGUUCUCUCACAAUGGGGACGGCAAGCUGUUGAUGUUGGCAGAUUGAUUGAUCUGCAGUUUUUUAUUCGUCAACGCUAUGAUCUAUACAACCACGCGAUUUUCCUUGCCGGAAACAUAAAGCGAGACCUUUUUAAGGCGCAGAUGGGAAACCCGGACUUAGAAACCGCAUUAGAAGCACUUUCAACCGGAACUGUCUCGGCUCUUCCUGCACUUCCUUUUUUGCCUCCAGGCAAACUCUCCCCCAAAGAUACCCUAAGAACACUUCGAAAAAUCAAUAAAUUGAUAAGCAUCCGACUCAUCACCCAUGACUCCAUUCCGGAAUACGCUACAUACCGUAUCCAUGAUGGAAGGGUCACGUUCACAAUUCCAAAUGAAAUCGAGCUAGACUUGUCAAUAGCCCAGGAAACGCGUAACUCUCAGUUCUUCUUUGUCGACCUCCGGUUUAUAUUUUCACCGUCAUCUGCACUUUCUAGAGGCCCCGUUCGUGAUAAUCUAGAACGUACUAUCAACACCUCGCUAAUGAAAUCGGGAAUCGUUGGCUGCUGCGACCUCCUUCACAACCUUGUUUUGACCCAAAAAAUCAUGACAUGUUUUAGACAGGCUGUUGAAUUAGCUCGAUCUCAUUGGGGUAAUAAUCUACGGAUCGAGUUGCUCCACCGCACUCUCGUUAUCCAGUACUGGACCAAUCGGCCUGGGCCAAAAAGUUGGAUUGAAAUCGGAACUAGGCGUAAUAAGUCACAACGCCGAGGCCGGGCAAACCAGCCAGAUAUACCCCGUUUAUAUGUUCGCUGGAUUCGAGAUAACAAGGAGGUUUCCGUUGAAAGCACACAUUUCGAGAACAAGAUUAUAUCAGUUGAAACUAUACUGCGAAGGACUAUAUCACGGCAUAUCCACGACAUAUUCUUCGAAGUCUAUACCAAGCUUACUGCAUCCAAGUUGUAUGGCCAAGGAGUACUCUUCCUAGAGUUAAACACGUCUGCAAUGGAGCCCGGGAAUUGUUACCUAGAUAUACAACUCACCCGCAGGAAAACUAUGCGAUUAGCUAUCGAGCCUGUAGGCGGAAUAGUUGCUCUACGGACAGUGCCACUAUCAUUGAGUCGACAUGAUGUUGAACCUGAUCCCAAUAAAGCACUAUCUGUAGGGACAUACGAACGUAUCUGCCGUCUCAGAUGCCUGGUAGCGAUGGAAGAAGCCGAAAGCCACGGACGUGUGGUUGGCUGGAAGCUAAUAGCACCCGCAAAUGUUGAUAUGCAAUCACUGCGCAAAGUACUUCCUGUCAAUGAGAUUAGAAAUAUCUCUCUCUUCCAGCACGGAGACUGGGAUCCCAAUUGGCUCGUUGCUUUUACAAGCAGCAUAGAAAGGGAUGACUGGUGGGUGAUCCAGCUGCGGGAUAAAGCAUCAGCAACUGAAUCUCAACCCCAGUGUCCCGGCGAUGGCCGCCUCAUACAGUUACAGCAAGCGCAUGCUAUUACAGGACAGUGCGGAUACGCAUCCAAUAAACACCGUUAUCGUUCUUUUGCGAAGCUUGCUAACUCCAUAUCGGGCAUGGUUGUAGCACAUUCGAAUGCAGACUGCCUUAACAAACUAAAACUUUGCCACUUUCCAAAGAUAGAGGACCAGGUUCUAGGAGUUGACAACGAAGUCCCAAGUACCAGCAUAUGCUACAAAGCCUCUGAUCUUCCACACCAGUUGCGAGUGGCCUCUCCCUUAUCCAACAAAGGCAAGACUAUCAUUAAGGACACCAUUUAUCUCUCGUAUAAGGGAAUCAACCACCGAACUCGUGAGGCAAUUGUCGUGGCUACAGGAUUUUUUGCAGUGCCAGUUUCUCAUCUUGGAAUGGCCAUCUUAGCUUCCGAUUCAAACCUCAGCUUCAAGCCUCGGUCUCGAAAAUUUGCAAUUCGAUAUCUUACGCGCACAGGUGUGCCCAUUAUCGAACAGCUCUUCUCCUGGUUACAGCGGCUCACAAAUACCAUUCUUGCUCUGGGGUUUAUCCACCGUAAAAAAUUCGUAGUCACUUCGAUGUCGUCAUCGAAAAUCAGCUUUACAUACCCUUCUUCCAACGGCAGUCUACGGGCCUCUAUAUCCUUCCAGUACAUCGACACACCUCCGCCUCUACUUUUACCAGACACCCAGCAAGCCAAGACUAAGGGUGAUAAGAGACCUUUAGCCCGGCUUCGGAUGUCGCUAGACCUCCAUGGCAAGAACCCUCAUCGACGCAUCAUGGAAUCAUUAACAGCCAUACUCAACGACCCUUCAGCUGGCCUGGGCUUUACGUUGGAGUUGCUUACCCUCACCCUACCUCUCCUGGAAGCCGUUGAGACCAUUCUUGCUGAAUCAAGAGACCGAUCCCGCGCUGUAGUCAGAAUAGCGGCUCGGUCUGCCAAAAUGUACCAUAUCUCAUACCCGUUCCUCCAAUAUCGAUUCCACCUGACGAUGAAACAACGCCGACAGCGCAUUUCUUGGCUUCUUCGGAAUGGCACGAUUCCCAGUGUCCGCAUGAGCCAGGUAGCACUGGAGAGCGAGCUGACGAAUAAAAUACUCAAGGUCAAUGGGGAUGGCUGGCGCGGGCUCGGAGACGGAGCCAUGGCGGAAGCAGACAAUCCAGUCAGCCUGAUCAUGGUACUCGACAACAUUAUUAAGACACAUGUUGCGCAACAACGCACGCAAACGGCCGCGAAUGGCGCUGGCAGAGCGAUGAUGUUGGAUGGGAACCAGAGCAAUUCCGUCCCUAGUAGUGGCACUAGCCAGCCUGCUAUGACAGCAACGAGUACUACAGGGGUAGUGUCCCCGAACAACGAAUCAGAUGCCAGCAAGCAAGCCAACAACGGCAGUGUAAUCACCAUUGACUGA